GAUUUCUUCUGCCAUCAGAUGUCUUUCUGCUUGACUGAACUGCACCUGUGGUCUUUGAAGAAUACCUUACACAUUGGGGAUAGAGACAUAGGGAUCUACCAGUAUUAUGACAAGAAAGACCCACCAGUAUCAGUGACAGAGCAUGGUAACUUAGAAGAAAAGCAGAAGCUGGCAGAAUCACGAGAUUAUCCGUGGACACUCAAAAAUAGACGCCCAGAAAAACUUCGAGACUCACUCAAGGAGUUGGAGGAAUUGAUGCAAAACAGUCACUGUGUGCUGAGCAAAUGGAAGAACAAAUAUGUCUGUCAGCUCCUCUUUGGUUCAGGUGUGCUGGUGUCCCUAAGCCUCUCUGGGCCACAGCUGGAAAAAGUGGUGAUUGACAGGAGCCUGGUGGGGAAGCUCAUCUCCGACUCCAUCAGUGAUGCUCUUCUCACAGACAACUUUAUCAUCUUAUCAUUUUUGACACAAAACAAACUAUGUUUUAUUCAGUUUACCAAGAAGAUGGGUUCUCCUGAUACAAACAAAAGACUGGAAAAACUCUCAGCCUUGGAUUAUAAGAUUUCCUAUUACGAGAUACCUGGCCCAGUAAACAGGACAACAGAGCGUCGUCUAGCUAUCAAUUGUGUUCAGGAUAUAGUUGCUUGCUGGUGGCCACUGGUCAGUGAUGAUGCUUGGCCUUGGGCCCCCAUUUCUCCUGAGAAGGACAGAGCCAAUCUGCUGCUCCUAGGUUAUGCUCAAGGAAGACUGGAGGUUCUGAGUUGUGUCCGCACAGAAUGGGAUCCACUGGAUAUUCGCUUUGGCACCAAACAGCCUUAUCAGGUGUUGACAGUGGAGCGCUCCAUCAGUGUAGACAAAGAGUCCAUGGCUGACAGCUGCAUCUACGAAUACGUUCGGAACAAAAUCCAGUGUAUAUCAGUAACCAGAAUACCACUAAGAUCAAAGGCCAUUAGCUGCUGCAGGAAUGUUACUGAAGACAAACUGAUUCUGGGCUGUGAAGAUUCUUCAGUGAUUCUUUAUGAAACUCACCGUAGAGUAACUCUCUUAGCCCAGGCUGAACUUUUGCCUUCAUUAAUAAGCUGCCACCCAAGUGGCGCCAUUCUACUAGUUGGCAGCAACCAAGGGGAGCUUCAGAUUUUUGAUAUGGCUUUAUCCCCUAUUAACAUCCAGCUCCUGGCUGAAGACCGCUCACCCAGGGAGAUUCUGCAGUUCAAUAAAUUCUUUGACAUUUCCAGCAGUCUUGUUCAAAUGCAGUGGAUAGCUCCUCAGGUGGUUUCUCAGAAGCCAGAAUGUGGGGACAUCUAUGAUCUCCUCUUCCUCAGGUUUGACAGAGGACCUUUGGGUGCACUUUUGUUUAAACUUGGUAUCUUCACACGAGGACAGCUGGGCCUGACAGAUACCAUUUUCCAUCACAUUCACUGUGAUGAGAUCUAUGAGGCAAUAAACAUCCUGAGCAGUAUGAACUGGGACACUCUGGGUCACCAGUGCUUUAUCAGCAUGAGUGCCAUUGUAAACCAUCUUCUUAGACAAAAACUCACUCCAGAGAGAGAAGCACAGCUUGAGGCAAGCCUUGGAACCUUUUAUGCUCCAACAAGACCACUCCUGGAUACAACUAUAUUGGAAUAUAGAGACGAAAUCAGCAAAUAUGCAAGAAGAUUCUUCCAUCACUUGCUCAGGUACCAGAGAUUUGAAAAGGCAUUUCUGUUAGCUGUUGACAUUGGUGCUCGUGACCUGUUUAUGGACAUCCAUUACUUUGCACUAGAUAAGGGUGAAUUGGCACUAGCUGAAGUGGCAAGAAAAAGAGCUAGUGACAUUGAUGCAGAAUCAAUAACCUCUGGAGUUGAACUCCUGGGGCCUUUGGACAGAGGAGAUAUGCUAAAUGAAGCUUUUGUUGGCCUAUCUUUAGUUCCUCAAGGAGAAGACACAUUUCCAGAUAACCUCCCUCCCUUUUGUUCAAUCCAUAAACAUAUUAUUCAACAAAGAACACUGAAUGUCUCUUCUAAUAGACAAGUACUUGACGGAAGAAAUGAACUUGAAAAAGACACCUGUGCUGAAUCUUUGACGCCUAAGACCUGUAAUAAAGAAGGAGAAAUGAGAGAAGACUGCAUAGAACAGGAAAUCGGAGAUGGUGGUUCUCUCAGAAUGGUUCACUUUGGCUUGGUGUAAACAAUAAAAAAACUUCCUUUUUACUUAAAAAAAA